GUAGAAGAAUUUAAGAAUGAGAUUGUAUUGAUCGCGAAGCUUCAACACAGAAAUUUAGUGAGACUAUUGGGAUGCUGUUUGGAAGGAGAUGAAAAGAUACUCGUCUAUGAAUAUGUCCCAAACAAAAGCCUCGACUAUUUCUUAUUCGAUCAUGAAAAGCAGAAUCUACUAGAUUGGUCGAGACGUUGCAAGAUUAUAGGAGGGAUUGCGCGUGGACUACUUUACCUUCAUGAGGAUUCUCGUUUAAGAAUUAUACACCGCGAUCUCAAAGCAAGCAAUAUAUUGUUAGAUGCAGAAAUGAACCCCAAAAUAUCCGAUUUUGGAAUGGCAAGAAUUUUUGGAAUCGAUCAAAGUGAAGAAAUAACAAGCAGGAUCGUUGGAACAUACGGUUACAUGUCACCGGAGUAUGCUAUGCACGGACAAUACUCUGUUAGAUCUGACGUUUUCAGCUUUGGCGUUCUACUUUUGGAGAUCAUAAGUGGAAAAAAGAAUAGUGCAUUUUACCAAUCAGAUGGUGCUGAAGAUCUUCUUAGCUAUGUAUGGAAGAAUUGGAGGGACGGAACACCAUUGAACAUAAUAGAUCCAACAUUUGCGGAAUCAUACUCGAGAAAUGAAGUGAUGCAAUGUAUGCAUAUCGGAUUGUUAUGUGUUCAAGAAGACGUUAAUGAAAGACCUACAAUGGAAUCCGUGGUGCUCAUGCUUAAUAGUUACUCUAUUACCAAGCGAGCGCCUCAGCAACCUGCAUUCUUUUUUCGUAGUCAAUCAGAGAUGCUACCAAUUAAAGGGUUAGAGUCAGAUCAAUCUACAAGCAAGUCAAUUCCAUUGUCUGUGAAUGAAGUAUCCAUUACAGAAAUGGAGCCCAGAUAGAGCUAUACAGCGAUGAAGCUUCUAUGUUGUCUUAAAUUCUAUAUGUAAUAUAUAUAGAGGAAUAAGGUGAUGGAAUGUGACUAGCUAAGAGGGUAAAUUAUAUUCUUAAUUUCUCA